AUGGUGUCCCUGAGCGACUUCCAGCGGAUCGGAGUGGGCCUGGUCGGCUUCGGCCUCUUCUUCCUCCUCUUUGGGAUCCUCCUGUACUUCGACUCGGUGCUCCUGGCUUUUGGGAACCUCCUCUUCCUCUCUGGCUUGGUCUUCAUCAUCGGCUUCCGGAGGACCUUCACCUUCUUCUUCCAGCGGCCCAAGCUGAAGGGCACCAGCUUCUUCUUCGGGGGGCUCAUUGUGGUCCUCAUGCGGUGGCCGAUCCUGGGCAUGCUGCUGGAGGCCUACGGCUUCAUCUCCCUCUUCAGGAGCUUCUUCCCAGUGGCUUUUGGGUUUUUGGGCUCUCUGGCAAACAUCCCCCUGCUGAGCCAGGGGAGGAGAAUCCCGCAGGGAUGGAGGAUCCCGGGCUAUAAAAGCUUCCAGCCCUGCGGGAAGGGACGGGACGGCGCCGCCGGCAGGGAGGGGACAGCGGGGGACACGAUGGCGGUGGCACCCAGCAGGAGCCUGCGGCGCUGCCUGCUGCUCCUGGCCGUCACCUGGGGCGCCACUUUUGUCCCCUCGCCAGCCCAGGCUUUGCAGAGGUAG